AUGACCGCAGCCGCCGCUAGCCCCGGCCGCUUCCCUUGGCCGGAGGGGCACAUCGCGCACCCCAGGGGCUUCGACCCGGCCGUACAGCCGGCGUCUCACAACCAAGGGCUCAAGGCUCAGCAGGCCCGCCUGCGCUUGAGCAUGUACGGGAUCGAGCUGCGCAAACUCCUCACCGCUCUGCAGACGUACGUGAGCACUCAGGUGCAGAACCGCCCGUCCACCGUUGGCGGGGCUCUGCAGCACGCGCUCACCUGCUUUGAGGGCGACGACCAGGCGCACGUGAGCGGCUCCAUGCACCUCAUCGCGGGCGAUCUCAUGCACGCGCUCCCCCCAGCCCAGCGUUACGACGGUGCUUACCUGCACCCGGACCAGGCAGGCGCUGUCGGGGCUGUCAUCGCUUACAGCGUGCGGUCGCACCUGUACAAGAGGCAGCCCGAGCGGGAUGUGACCGUCCUGCGUGCUAUCCGCCAGGGGCAGGAUUCCGCCACCUGCGCGCGGGUGGACCGAUGGGAGCCCCCGAGCGAGGCCUUGGAGCGGUUCAUGAUGCUCGCCCGCGACCCCCGCGUCCAGACACGCGUCUCCGUGACGGAUAUGCUCAACCUGAUCGGCAACAUGCUGCACAGGCGCCUCAACCAAGACUGGCGCCUGAUCCGGCAGAUGCACAUGAGCGGGCGCGUAGCCACCGACAAUGACCACGCGGCCAUGCUGGGUGCGCUUGAGACAGAGGCCAAGCACAUCCUGGACGAGGCGUGGGACGCUUACCUUGCCCACCUCCCCGAGGGUGACCAACGCGCCCAGCUGGAGCCCGAGCCCGCCGCUGCAGCCGUUCCCCGGCGGCCGCACGGCCCCCGUGCGGCUGCGGACGCCACCCUCAUAGAGGGGGAUGAGGGGGAGGACCCCAUGACUGCUGCGCUGGCCGCCCUGGCGACCCUUGCGGCUGCCGCAGCGGUGCCGGCCGGCCGCCAGCGUCUCAAUGCCGUCACCUGGGCGGACCUGGCGGAGAGGCACGGCUGGCCCGCGCACGCCAUGGCGACGGGCGGUGAGUGGGAGGUGGCGCUGGCCACCGUGCGUGGCGAUUAG